AUGGAGAUCCAAAUAUCAAAAUAAAGAUUAAAGAACUUUAGGAAUAACUAAUAUUAUUAUUACUAGAAAAUUAAGAUGGUAUGAUAUCACCUUUAAUUAAGAGUGUAUCUUUAAAGAAAAUACCUAAAUUAUAAAAGGAACGUGUUUAUUUUGAAUUGAAUUUGAUUGAGCUUGGGUUUUCAAAAUUGAAUAACUUUAUAGAUACAAUUAAGGAUGUUAUCUAAAUAGAAAAUAAUGAAUGA